GUGCUGAGUCGACAUGUCCCGGCUGCUGAUCCCGGUGCUGCUGUGCGGGGUGUGCGUGUGCGCGCGCGCGGUGCAGCAGCGGGACUACGGAGUGAAGCUGUGCGGGAGAGAGUUCAUCCGCGCCGUCAUCUUCACCUGCGGGGGCUCGCGGUGGAGACGAGACCUCGACCUGGAGCUACCGGGACAGGAUCCGAACCUGCUGCUGCUGUCUUACCAGAGCUCGUCAGACGGAGACAAGCAACUUGGCUGGAUAAAAAGCAAUGACGAAGCUCCAGACAAACGAUCCUCCAUCCUCUCCUCCUCCUCCUCUCUCAGUGACCUCCUCCAGGCUAUGGGAGCUCAGAAGAACACCAGAGAUGAGUCGAGUCUGCCUGAGGAAGUGCAGCGGAACUGGCUGGACUCGCUCUUCUCCUCCGGGCCACUAGGGGGCGAACAUGUCAGGAGUUUAGACCUCAGCUGGCUUCGUGAGGACCGGAGGAAGCGAAACUACUCGCUCGGCCUGGCGGGGCUCUGCUGCAGUCAGGGCUGCACCAAGAACGACAUCGGACGUCUGUGCUGAGGAUGGAGGGAUGGAUGGAUGGAUGGAUGAAGCGGACGAGUGGAGUCCAGGACUUAUUUAAACACAGACAGACCUCUUUAAGCUGCUCCAGAAAUGUCCAGUUUGUAAAUAUUGUCUAUGAUGUUACAAUAUAAAUGGAAAAUAAAUAAAAAUAAACAUUAUUGUCAAGUGACUGACGAUCUGUGAUUUUAUACACCAAAAGCAUGUCAAAUCUGGAUCGACAGGGGCGGAGCUUAAGUUGAAUGCAACCACCAAUCACAAACUUGAUCAUGUGGCAUCACCAUCAACGAUAUCAUCAAUUAUAUUAUUUACAAUCUAUCAAAAGCUCGACGAUGAAAAUAUUCGAAUUGAGCAAUGCAUAAUAUCACAAAGUCAUGAUGGCGAUACAAAGCUAGUCAUUUUAAACACACAUGUGGACACACACACGAAAAUUUGUGUUUUUAAAGAAAGAGACAUGUCUGCUCUGUUCAUUUUUUUAAUGUUCAUUUGUUCCUGAAAACACACACACACAAAGAUUUUACUAAACAAAAUCACUAUACAGAUUUAUCCUAUUACUUUACUGUGACAGGACUGAAGGUGACCGAUUCAAAACAACAUGAACAUGCUGAACAAAAUAUAAAACAGAAAGGAACUGAUUCCUGUAGGUAUAAAAAUUAUCAAUACAACACAACGCAUAGCAUUUAUAUUCACACAGCUGUGUAAAAAAAAGUACACACAUUCCGCUUUAUGAAAAAGAAGGAAAAUGCAGUUUAGUUUUUCUGG